AUGUGUUUCGAAAAAAAUAAGGUUUUGGUUAUGUCGAGUCACCAUCCAUCUCAAUAUAACAUAUAUGAAAAUCAAGCCAUAUUGACAUUUUCUUUAAUUAAGGUUUUUUAUAAUGAAAAGAAAAUGGAAAUUCCAAAUAUUAAGGAUUUAUAUGAUAAAUAUUAUUUAAAUGAACAAAAUAAAAACAACAAUAAGAGUAAUAACCAAGAGGAACCUUCUGAUGUUGAUACUGAUGCUUAUAUUAAUUUAGAACAAAAGUUAAGGGAGACGAACAACAAUGUUAUACACCCUACAAAUAAAUCAUGUAAUAUUAUCAAUCGAUUCAAUGAUUAUGAUCAAAUCAGACGUGUUUUACAUGAACUGUAUGUAAAUUGUGAAAGAGAUUGGGUUACUUUAAUGGGUGAUCUUUCAGAAUAUUAUAAUCAAGGUUAUGAAACAUAUGUGAAAAUAUUUUAUAGAGAAAUAUUGACUCCUAGUAACACCAAUGAUCAGUUGGUUGGAUUAAAAAGGUAUGAUGGUAAACUUAUUAUAGGACUUGUUGGUGAACUCAAACAAACGAAAUAUAAAUAUCAUUCUAAUGGUGGUUGCCAACUAAAUGGAAAUAGGAUUUAUUACUCAGAUGGAGAUGACCAAACUUCAAGACAACCAUGUUCUAAAUACAAUAAAAUAACAAUGGGAUUCUUUUUUUAUAAAAAAAAAUAA